CAAAAAGAUAAACAAGUAACAGACUGCGCAUGCGCGGGUAAGAUGCGUGUUUUCGCAGUCUUUUGUUGAUAAUAUACAGCUGAAACCUGAUCAUGAAAGAACAAAAAAGUCCUAAUGGAGAUUCUCCCAUACUGCAGCACGAUGUUGUUGCAACAGAUGACCAGUUAACAACUAUCCAGUCAGGUGCCACAUUCUCCUCAGAUCAGCAAAUCAAGUAUCUGUUUAGAACAGAUGGAACGGCAGGGCAGGUAACAUACCGGGUGAUCCAUGUGGCUGAUGGACAGGUAGAAGAACAGGUAGAUGGGGCUGCGGCAGUCAGUGUGGUGGCUGGGUUUCCAACAGCAUCACAGUCUGUAACCCCAACUGUAUCCCAGUCUGACAGUGUAGAAGGAGAGGCAUCUGAGACUCAGUACUACUAUCCUGCUACCAUCGCUGAUGCAGCUGCUGGUACAAUGGUAACCAAUGUCCAUACAGCAGAUUCUAUACUAUCUCAACCCACGCCUGGAGGUCAACUCUAUGUAAUGAUGUCACCUCAGGACGUUCUAGCCACAACUCAGCCAAGUAAGCAAGGAACACAACGGACCUCCAGGGAUGACAAGCGAAGGGCUCAACACAAUGAAGUGGAACGCAGACGCAGAGACAAGAUUAACAAUUGGAUUGUUCAGCUUUCCAAAACCAUCCCAGACUGCAGUGUGGAGGCAACCAAGAAUGGUCAAAGUAAAGGUGGGGUCCUGUCCAAGGCAUGUGACUAUAUUCAGGAGCUGCGUCAGAGCAAUGCACGACUGGAAGAGGAGCUUAAUUCUUUGGCUAGAUUGAGGAUGGACAAUCAGCUUCUUAAGCAAGAGGUGGAAGAGUGGAAAUCAAAAAACCAGACAGUGAGAAACCAGUUAACACAGCAUGGCAUCGUUGGUGCUUCAUUGGACCCUCACUGAUCCUCAGGACUGUAGAUAACAUUUGCAAUCACAUUUUCAUGUGAAAAUCACUUAAUAGGAUUCUGGACAAUCACAGCCUCUAAUCAAA